ACUCUUCACCUCCCAGACCCUCCGGCACAGUGGAGUCCUCCCCCGUCAUCGCUAAUGUGAUCUCACUUGCUGAUGCUUUGGCCAGGCGCUCCAGAUCCUCUGAGAGCCAUGCACAGUCUGUUUCUGCCACAGAAAUUCAAACAAAGGUUGUUGGACAUGCCAGUAUUCAAACAGUCCCCAUAGAGCUGAAGAACAAGUCCAUGCUCUGCACACCGUUGGUCCACAACAAAGGAGUCUCCUGUACGACAAAGACGGUCGACUCAGAGGCUCAGACAGACAACUGUGGACCCAGCAUCCUGCCUAUUCCAGUGCCGGUGUACGUCCCUCUGCCGAUGAACAUGUACAGCCAGUACACACCGACGCCUGUGGGCCUGCCCUUACCG